AGUAAAUUUACCAUCAUACACCCACAAAAUUAUAAAAUGUCGCCGUUACGUGGUGUUUAACGCUCGCAGGAUUGGCAAAAAAGUACCCCCAAAAAUGGCGGCGUGAGAAAGGCUAAUUGAAAACUCAUUUUGCCUUCUUUCAGUGCUUGGAUACAACUUUCUAGCAUGUGUAUAGGAUGAUGUAGAUUGUCUGGGUAGAUACCAGAUUUCGAGUUGUUAAUAUCCCAUUGGAUUUAAAAUUUCAACCCUGCUUUAUAAAUAGCCCUCGUAUUAUGGCAUGGUAUUUAAAGUAUGGCAUGAGUGGAAUUUAGUGAGUAAUGUUUUAAGUACGUAUAAACAAGUUUUCAGACUUGGCAAGUUGACUCACUCGCAUGUACGGAUAUGGUCAACAUUGGCAUUGGUAGGUUUUGCAAUGUAUUUGGUACGUUAGUUUAAUCAUUGUAUUGAUUUCCGUGUUUAGGACAAAAAUUACAUUUAUUUAUUUAAUAACAAUUGAACUUUGAAGGCUAAGACAAGAGAAAAAAUGAAAUCCUACUUUAACAAAUAUUCCGUGACAAGUCUCUUUGUUUGAAGUAUAUAGACGAGAAAGUUCUUGACAGACUUUGCGCACACAAACAAGGGAAUACAGUAAUUUUUCAUGUUAAAAAAUUAGAAUGAUUCUUUUUGCACAAAACGGCCAGUCAAAGGAAAACUUGUUUUUCUUUGUAGUACUGUACACACAAGGAAAUAGAACUUGUCUGAGGAAAAAUUCUUGUCUGGGUGGGGCUUACUGUAGAAACAUUGACAAAUGAACGUGUUUGUAAUAGUUGUUGAUCUUAUUUCAUAGUCGAACCGAAACCUCCAAAACUUGAAGCGACUGAAAGUUCAAACAUCCCGCUGCAGAGAAUUGUUGUAUCUGUCAAACAUACAAAGAAACGAGCUUCGAAAGUUUUGAAACAAGGAUGGAUGGUCCAUUUUACCGACAAAGACAAUAAUGUAUGUCUUUAUAUUGUGCUAGUUGUUUUGUUUGCAAAACAAUGUCGGAGUGUUGCUGGCACCGUGCAUGGCUUUGAUAGUCUGCUUCAUUCAGUGGUCUGAUUAUAAUUUCACCUCAUUCACAUGUGAGACGAGUGCUUCCAGUUUCGCUCUACCAAGCACCACAGGAUUUUUCUAGAAAAUAUUAGCGAUGCUCCAUACUUAAACCUCUAGGAUCAGGAGAGAACAAUUUAGAACAGGUAGAAUUAUAAACAAAGUUAGUUUAGAGUAAAAUACCUCCAGUGGUAACAGUGGAUCACCAAAAGAUGAUCCGUACUGGAUUUCUAUAGAGAGAACAGUUUAGAACUGACGUGGUGUAGUGUUGUAAUUUUAAAUUUUUCUCUAAAGAUUCCCCCUGUAGUAACAAUGGAUCAAUAAGAGAUGACUCUCACCGAUCUCUAGAGAGACCAGUUUAGAACAGAUAGAAUUAUCCAGUAUAAUUAUAAAUAAAGUUAGUUCAGUGUAAAAUAGAUCCUGUAGUAACAGUGGAUCAAUUAAGAGAUCAGAUGACCGUCACUGCCACUGGAUUUCUAGAGUGAACAGUUUACUGUAGAACAGAUAGAAUUAUCCAGUAUAAAUAAAAUGAGUUUAGUGUAAAAUACAUCCUGUAGUAUUAAACAAUGGAUCAAUAAGAGAUGACCGUCACUGGAUCUCUAGAAAGACCAUUUUAGAACAGAUAGAAUUGUCCAGUAUAAAUAAAGUUAGUUUAGUGUAAAAUACGUCCAGUGGUAACAAUGGGCCAACAAUAGAUAACCCGCACUGGAUUUCUAGAGAGAAGAGUUUAGAACUGACGUGCUGUAGCGUUGUAAUUUUAAAUUUUUCUCUAAAGAUUCCCCCUGUAGUAACAGUGGAUCAAUAAGAGAUGACCCGUACUGGAUUUCUAGAGAGACCAGUUUAGAACUGACGUGCUAAAAGUGUUGUAAUUUUAAAUUUUUCUUUAAACUUUAACCUUUUUUAGAGACGAAAACAUUACUGGAGACUAGACACCAAGUGUAUAACAUUAUUCCAAAGUUCUACGGGCAAGAAUUAUUAUAAGGUAACUAUAUAUUGGCUUAUUCCAGACGAUUUUAUUGAGGGGAAGUCUUUCAUAGAUAAAGGAAUUUUGUUUUGAAAAAUAGAAGGAAAGGGUCAAAAGGUGAGGCAACUGCAUUUCGGCGGAAGCAUCUUAAAUGAGGAUAUACUAGGAUAACACUAUACGGCCCUUGUCAGAUCCACUGAGCUCUCUCUCUAUAUAUAUAUAUAUCUGGAGCAUGAACAUCGGUCAUUGACCCUGUGAGAAAGUGAAGCCAAGAUGGCGUCCAUUGACGUCCAAUAGCUGAGGGGCCUGUACCAGUUUGGCGGGAUGCGUCUAAAAUUCAAGUGGGAUUCGGGAUUUUAAGAGAAAUAUUGGCGGGAAGCGGGAUUUUAUCCAUCGCGGGAAGUGGGAUUAAUAAAAAUACCAUGGCGAUACGCGGGAAGUAACCCACGAUUAGCGGAAUAAAUCAACAAAACUUGUAGCUGUACGUUAGCUGAUUUGUUGUCAUUUGUUUGUGUGCUCGAAAUUACCGUUUUCAAGGAUGAUAUCGAACAUUUGACCGCCAUCAAUCCCCCAUUUACAUAUAUAUGAUUGCUGCUUUCAUAAGAGUCGCGAUUUAGAGUCAUUUAUUAUUUUAAACCUUGUUGUAUUGUAUUCUAGUGUAUUCAAAUUGUAUUUUAUGUCGUUACCAUGUUCUUUAAAUCAUAAAACGUUGAACAGUGUUAGAAAAAAAGUCGGGAGCGGGAAAUUGGGAUGAGGCAUGGCGGGAUAACGGGAUUUUAAGUGAAAAUCGGUCGGGAUGGCGGGAUUUCGGAAUCCGGUACAGGCCCCUCAAUAGCUAUGAAGGUCAUAAACAGUUUUUCUAACAGACCUGACCGUAUCGCGAAACAAGCUAUCAGUUUAUGAAACGGUUGAAACCAUAGUGCCAGCAGAGCUUCGUGUCAAGCGCGCGCAGACAAGAACAAUAGCAAGGGGCUCGAACUGACGUCUAAUAAUAGCUCUUCAAUUCCCGCCAUAUUGCCCUUCACUUUUUGGACUCGAGUUUUUUCUCCAGGGUUGAUUUUAAGAGUUAGGAAAAAGGGCAAGUCUUUCAGAAAGUUUCUUGCUCGGCGACAGCUUGUAUAACAAAAAAUUCAAACAAAUGAACGUGGUUUCAUAAACAAUAUUUCUGUUGCCAAACUAUUUUCAAUCACGACAUAGCAUAUUAGUCUCUUGGCUUGCAAACUCAAAAUAUUUAUUUCAGUUUUUCUUUAGCAACAUGAAAUUACAAGUGUUUACUUGUCGGGUGGCCUUUAUGUUUAAAAAUAUAGUGUCCAAUAUCAAUGAAUAAAAAUGCUCAAUCCAGGAAUUCUCAGGGUGGCAACACGGGUAACGAACGCGACUUUUGUUGCUACCGAAUGGCAGAUGAAUUCUUAAGCUAAUGUGCUUGCCAAUUUUUGUGUCUUUUGGCAAUCGCCGUGUUGUUUGCCGCUUCUGACGAGUGUUUUGUUUUUGAGAUAUAUUAGGAUUUUGGAUACAAUUAACGAAUUUUUGGUUGUUCGGUAAAAUCUGUUGAUGACUAAUGGGGAUUGAUGAUCAGUAUAGCAAAUCAGAAUAUCAAUGAACGGGGAUUUUUCUUUGUCAAGCGUUCACCGUACAUCAAAACUGUUGUAUAUAGUGGUGUAUAAAAUUCGACUAUGUUGUGGUUCAUAUCGUUACUCUAUUGUUCAUUGUAAAAGGUAUUAAAAACAAGGAAUGGAGUUAGGCUGUGUUCCUGUGUUUACUACAUUUGUUACAGUAUCAGGAACGUUUUCUGUUCUGUAACAUUGAAAAUGUCAAUUUUUAACUUAGUUACUAAGUGUUAGGUUUAGCAAAUAACAUUAAGUGACCUACAAAGCAAUCUUGUAAAGUAGCCAAGUUUGUAGUAAACUCUUUCGCAACUUAUUGUGUAGUCCACUUACAUGCUAUAUUGCUAUAUGAAAGUCAGACAAAUUUUGUUCAGAGCAAGCAAUUAUUGCAAGUCAUGAUUAAGAUUCGAUAACGCAAAUUAACAUGUAGAUAUGAUCAAAUGCCCUUUACAUCAAGAAUUACACUUACCUAAUUACAUACUUUAUACCUUUUACCCUAAUUGUGAUAUAAGUACUUUCUAAUCUUGUUUAUCCAAACCCACCCUGUCAACUUUCCCUGUGGGAGGAAACCAGAGUACGUAGAGAAAACCCACGACUUUCGGUGAGUGGGCAACGACAGAAUCGAACCCAUGAUAUAUCAGGUGUCAUGCCUUAGUCGUAAGCGGUUGCAAGUUGUAAAAAAAGGUUUAUAAAUUUCCUCGCUGUAUAGAGAAACAGUCGGGAUGUUUUAUCUUAUAUUUGAAGCGAGUAACCGUUAUUAUUUGUUCUGUUUCAGGAUAUUCCAUUAUCAGAAGUUCUGUCGGUAGAGACAAACAUCGACCCUCUAGCUACAGAUGCGACGAGGGAACCUCAUUGCUUUGAAAUGAAGACUAGAACAAACAUAUAUUACGUUGGCCAAGUAGAUAAUCUACAGAAUCCUGAUCCGGUCGAUAGGGACGCUGGGAUAGGUACAAGGUUGGGUUCGGCCUGGGCCGAGGCUAUCAAAUGUGCUUUGAAUCCAGGCUGCGUGACUCCGCAAACAAGUAGCAUGGCAGGCCCAAAAUCAGCAGGUAGGUACCUGCAUACAGCUAGUGAAAUUGUCUCAUGAUGAUGUCAUGUAUGUUAUGGUGACAAAUAUGACGUCAUUAUGACGUCAGACAAUAUACCAUAAUGACGUUGUGUGUCAGACGUUAGGGAGUUUAUGCAUGUAAGACGGCGACGUGUGGACGACGGCUCAUAUGCCAUAAUGACGUCAUAUGUCAGACAUUAGGAGGUUUACGCAUAGACGACGGCGACGUGUGGACGACGGCUCAUAUGCCAUAAUGACGUCAUAUGUCAGACAUUAGGGGGUUAACGCAUAGACGACGGCGACGUGUGGACGACGGCUCAUAUGCCAUAAUGACGUCGCAUGUCAGACAUUAGGGGUUUACGCAUAGACGACGGCGACGUGUGGACGACGGCUAUCAAUACAUUGACGUUAAUCUUAUAGCAGAAAAGAAAUGAAUAAUUAAAAGUCUAACAGGGGUUUUAGACGUCGUCCAAGCUCUGUUGACAACGACAAAAUGUAUAUUUUCACGUCUCGUAUAGUACGCUAGCAUUUCAAGCCGUGACAGGCAAUUUUUCUGGCAGAGUUAAUCAAAAUUGCUCUUAGGGGUCACCCCCUUACGCAUGUUACUGGAGGAGGAAACCGACCCCGAGAAAACCUUUGCGACUGAGGGGAAAUUAUAAUCACACAACUGCAUAUUGUGGAAUUUUGUAGAAAUAUCACCCUGGCAACACAUGGUAUAUACACUAACUAGUGUGCCACCAUGAAUACCCCCUAUAACUAUAUGUACUACUGUAUAUAACUAUAUGUACUACUGUAUAUAACUAUAUGUACUACUGUAUAUAACUAUAUGUACUACUGUAUAUAACUAUAUGUACUACUGUAUAUAACUAUAUGUACUACUGUAUAUAACUAUAUAUACUACUAUAUAUAACUAUAUAUAACUAUAUAUACUACUGUUAACUGUAUGUAACUAUAUAUACUACUGUAUAUAACUAUAUAUAACUAUAUAUACUACUGUAUAUAACUAUAUAUACUACUGUAUAUAACUAUAUAUACUACUGUAUAUAACUAUAUAUACUACUGUAUAUAACUAUAUAUACUACUGUAUAUAACUAUAUAUACUACUGUAUAUAACUAUAUAUACUACUGUAUAUAACUAUAUAUACUACUGUAUAUAACUAUAUAUCUUUUUACUUUCUUCAAUCCUGGGCAAACAGAGAAAGGUGACGAAAAACAAAACAGUAUCAACGAGAAGAAACCGGAACCAAAACCCAAACAGGUGUGUUUGAUUGUGUUCAGAGAAUAAUCCAACCUCGUUCCCAGGCUCUGCCUUCUUGUGGAUUAACAUCCUCGUUCCCAGAGCCUCUCUGCUGUGGGGUUUAAGGGAAGAAGAGGGGAGAGCCUGGGAACAAGGUUGAAAAAAAUCAUGAGCUCUUGUGAAUUCGUAUGUCCAAAUUCGAUUAGUUUGGCUAUUCUGGAAACCCUAAAUCUUGUUUAAUUAUAUGAUUUAUUUUGCUUAGGAUUUGUCUCAACUUUAUCAAGUAUUCCCUGACGAAAUUUUGGGUUCAGGACAGUUUGGAAUUGUGUAUGGAGGUAAGGGGGAAUGUUCGGGGAAAUUUUCGUGGAAACAUCGAUUUUUACAAAUAGUUUCCCAUCAAACGUUAAAUCCUAAACCUUUCUAGGCGUGCACCGGGAAACUGGCAAAGAAGUUGCCGUCAAAAUUGUCGACAAGUUAAGGUUUCCAACAAAACAGGCAACGCAGUUGAAGAACGAAGUAUCAAUAUUGCAGGUAGUGUACAGUUUCUGUUUUUAGGUUCACUACUUGCCAUCAAGCUAUAGCUAGUAUCCAAGGGUCGGUUGUACGAAGUGCAGAAACCCACCAGGUAAGUUAUGGAUCUCACUGGGCAAGAAAAAAGAAUUUUCUUCCUGGGAGCACACGUUGAAGACAAAAAUUUUCUGCAGACCAACAGAGUAUUUUUGUGCGAAAUCUGCAUGUGCAUAAACAUAUAGUGUUCUAGCUGACCAUGGUUUUAAAUUCAAGGAAUAAUGUCUGUCAACCAUAUGUUGUUGCGCCCGUAGUGAGACAUGGGUGUUAAGGUUUCCUUCAAAUUUUCAAUAGCAAAUCUUCAUUCAAACGAAUUUCCUGCAGCUGUUUAACAUUUCCUGCGAGCAGUGCUCGCGUGCUCGCCUAUUUUUUCCACCUCUGGAUCAUCUCACAAUAAAAAGAACGUUUAAUUUAUAAAUACUGAUGUUUGACACAGGUUACAAAAAUAAACGAACAAUUUUAGAAAGUUUGAAAAAUCAAUAUCUGGUAGAUAACGCUGUCCUCUAGCCAGCCUCAGCUUGACAUGUAAAUGUAAAAUUAUUUUCUUUUGUGUCUACAGGAUUUACACCAUCAAGGGGUAGUAAACCUAUACCACUUCUUUGAAACUCCCGAAAAGGUAAAAUUUUCAAUAUUUAGUUUGUUUGUGGUGAAUUCUAUAGAUUCAUGCAGUUAUUAUAUUAUUUAUUUUAAGAUUUUUGUGGUGAUGGAAAAAUUAAAAGGUGACAUGUUGGAGCUAAUAUUAUCAAGUACUAAAGGACGAUUAACCGAAAGAUGCACAAAAUUCUUAAUAUUCCAGGUACUGUAUAUGUCUAUUACAGUAAUAGGUUCAUUGCAUGAAUUGGUCAUGUGAUCCUAUGCCCCUUACAACGAACAGCUGUUCCAAAAUGAACCCCAGAAAUGAAACGAGCACCUCAAUAUUAGGAAAUAAGAACAUUUUAUAAUUUAAAUUGAGUCUCAUUUCUUCUAUAUUGCAUAUAAGAAGCUUAACUUUGCAUUUUUACUAAUAUUGAGGUGUGCUUUUCGUAUCGGCGGUUCAUUCUGACACAUUGCAAAGAGCCUAAAAUAUCAAUAUUGUGUUAGAAAGUUUAACGUAAGAAAAACUUUAAUUGUAAAAACGUUUUAUAUACAGUAUUUAGAAGUGAUUUCGGUCCUUUGUCGGUUAUUGUUUUAUGUUACGAAAAGUUAUAAAAUUCUUUAACGUUCGUUCCUUUCAGAUUUUAAUAGCUUUGAAACAUCUUCACUCGAGAAACAUCGUUCAUUGUGAUUUGAAACCGGAAAACGUAUUACUAUCAUCGAAUUGUUCUGAUUGUGGUUUUCCUCAGGUGAGAAAGAAUGCGCUUAAUCGGAUUGUCAAUGCUAUUUUAGUGUAACCACAAAUUGGAUUAUCCAGACGAAGUAGCCUGAGGAUCAGGCCGUAUUUUCCUUCCUUAAAUGCGGGUGGUAAGACGAAGAAGCUGAAAUCCCGUGCCUGUGCUAGCAAUGGUGUUGGGAACAAAUGUCCGAUAAUUUCCCGAUAGUUUGUCUGAGUCGUAUGUAUACAAACAUAGUCCAUCAAGACGAACUUCGCAAGUUUGUCCGCAUAGAGAAUUUAGGCAGAUCUUUAGUCUUCCUUGCAGUCGUUCUUUGUGUCGAGGUUUCGACAUUUGUGUCGAGGUUUCGACACAAAGAGCGGCUGGGAGGGAGACUAGCAGAUUUUCGUCUUGACUGACGGUGUCGUCUGUGCCGCAUAGAAACAGAUGAGUUAUCAAACCAACUAUCCUUUCUUUGCCCACGUUUCUCGAAACGGAUCAACCUUCUCAUGUGUAAAUAUAUGUCAAGAAUGAAGAACAAAUGAAGUUUCCCCAGGGGGUAGACUUACCUGAAGCGUAGACGUGGCUCUCCGAGUUUUUUCUUAGACUGAUCUAGUUGCAGAUCUCACGCGGAGGGGUCUGUUACCACGAGUAAUAAAAUGUGUUGCGCAUGCCUCAUAUUGGCUCAUAAUCCACUUUCCAUGUUUCAGAUUAAGCUCUGUGAUUUUGGUUUUGCUCGGAUUAUUGGCGAGAAAUCGUUCCGUCGUUCAGUGGUUGGUACACCUGCCUAUCUCGCACCGGAAGUGUUACGUAAUAGAGGGUAUAAUAGAUCUAUUGAUAUGUGGUCAGUCGGCGUUAUUAUUUAUGUAAGGUAUGGCAUCAGGUUAACAUAACAUUUCAUGUCUUACUACUUAAAACUCGUACAGACGAGCAAGUUUCCUCUGACAAGUUUACUUUCUCGUGUGUACGGUCAACAAGUUUUCCUUGACAGAUUUGCUUGGCAAAUUUCCUUUGACAAGUUUACUUUCUCGUGUGUACAUACGGUCAACAAGUUUUCCUUUCACAAAUUUUGUUGCUCCUGUGCACGGAAUGAUGUGAAACAUUUUACGGCAAAGUCGCCUUUUGUUUGCCAAAACCGUAUACGUAUUUCUUGUUACACUUGUGACCUUGUCAAAAAUUGUAGUUUGGCUCUUCCAAACAGCGCAGUUUCCUCCUGGACCUCUACAAGGGAAAACAGCAUGGGCGUACUGGGCGGGGGGGGCGGCAGCCCACCCAGUUUGUUGGGCAAACAAAGCCGGUCGAGCAAUAUUCGCUCCACAGUCGGGCAAUAUUGGCUUAUUAUAAAAAAAAUGGGACAAAUUUUGUCAAGGGGGGAGGUCGCCAAAAUUAAUCUGUUCCGGAAAAAAAAAAUUCGGCACUGGUCGGGCACAAUCCGAAAAAGUCGGGCAAAUUUCUUUCCGCCCCCCUAAAUUUUUCCUUCCGGUACGACCAUGGAAAACAGUUUGGAACUGACUGAGCUAUCUCGUAUAAAUAAGUUUUGUUUAGGUUUCUCCUGUAGUAACACUGGACCAAAAAGUGAUGAUCUUUACUGAACUUCUAAGGAGAACAGUUUAAAACUGAUUGAGCUGCUCAGUUUACUUGGUGUGCAUAAUUAUAGGAAUGUACUGACACUAACAAAUUAUUUUCGUGUUGUACUGUAGUCUCAGUGGAACAUUUCCAUUCAACGAGGAGGAAGAAAUUGCAGAUCAAAUUAAAAAUGCAGCAUUCAUGUACCCUCCUGAUCCCUGGCAGGAGGUGUCCAAGGAAGGCAUCGAUCUUAUUAACCGACUGUUGCAAGUGGACAAACGCUAUCGACUGUCGUGUGACAAAUCACUUGGUCAUCACUGGCUACAGGUUUGUAAUUGUACAUUUAUAACGAAUUACCCAGCUUGUGAUGCACAGAACUUGCAUGUUUAUGAUCUUUUUCUAACAUAAUGUAUGCUAGCUUUAUCUUUUCGACGAGGAUAGCUUAGUUGGUAGAGUAUUCAUCUGUUCACCCGUUUCAUUUUCCAUUUCUCGUUCUGCGAUGUCUUGUGCAAUUUUCUUCUUCUGAUGCAUGUGAAUGAGUAGAUGAGCUAUGAAUGUUCUCUCGUGAGAACAUAACUCAUCCACUCGUUCACAUCCAUCAGAAGCAGAAAAUCUCACAAGUGUAAACGGGCCUUUACAAACCCAGCAGCACAGCAAGCAUUUGAUCACUCUAUUCCAUUCUCAACUAGGAAUAUCAAACGUGGCUAGACUUGCGUAGUCUUGAAGCGAUCGUGGGUGAACGAUAUCUGACUCACGAGAGUGACGACGAACGUAUGGAGGCGCAUCGCUUGCGACUUGAAGCCGCUGGUCAACUGAACAGCACUAGACCUAACAAUCUUUACCAAAAUUCAGUCACUGGGACCCAGUCUCCGUCCAAAGGCAAACUCGCGACCGCUAUUAGCUAUGUAUAACGCAAAAUAUUUCAAACUCAAGUGAAUGUUGGAGGUUGAAUUGGACACACACGUAUGAAGCAAUGUUUUCCGUCAUGGUAAGCAUAUUUUCAAAGUCGCUUGGCAUUCAAAAAGGUCCAAAAGAGAGCGCGCUGUUACUUGCACACAAAGUUGCAAAACCUCAUCCAAACGUCACUAAAAUCUCAAUGAAUUUCAAUCCAAAUAAACAAAACAUUUCAAGCAAAAUUUUGCAAUCAUGCUAUCCUUGUGUUAUUUAAAUAAUUUUAAUACCGCAACACAAAACGAUGAAGUGUCACGCCUGAUCCUGGAUUUCAAAAAGCUAUUGGCUCCAAGAUAUUAUGCCUUGCAAAAAAUAUUGUAACAAUUAUUAUAAAGUUCUAAUUAGAAGCAAUACAGGAGAGAUGAAGUGCACUAUUGGAAAGUAUUAUUAUUAAAAUAGAAUGAAUUUCAAGAUACAUAAUACUAUAGGAUAUAAUGUCAUUUUUUAUUGUAUUAUAAUUCCUCGUAUACUGAUAUUAUGCACAGAAUGUAAAUUUUACACAAUUUCAUAAAUAAUACUAGUAACUAAUUGUCUUUGAGUCUAUUUUAUUUAUUCAGAAAGCAGAGGUUUGAGAGGGAUUCGACUACACAAGUAAAAACGCACAAGUUGUAACAAACCUGCAGCAGACUUGUAGCAAUGUUGUUCCAACAACGUGUCAACAGGAUGUGUUCGCACUGCUUGUUCCCAGCUUGUUGACAAGUUGUCAACGGCUUGUUCACAACUUAACGCUACAAUGUUGUUGAGCUCAACAAACUUGUUACAAGUUGUUCAAACAACUUGUCAUCAUCCUGCAAUUGAACAAUUUGUCAACAAGUUAUGAGUGACAACCUUGUAGCGAUAAAAUAACAGCAUUGUUACAACUUGUUGACAAGCUUGGUACAAGCUUAUUGAGAACACAUCUUGUUGACAAGUUGUGAGAUUUUUACGAUUUAAAACUUUCACUAUUUUAGUAUUUUUCAGGUAGUUGAAUCCUUUCAAUCUGCACUUUUUUUACAAUAGCCACAUAGACCGUUCGAUUUAUUCUCAUCUAAUUAGUGGCCUCGUCUUAUUAACAUCUCUUUCACAGGGUAUAGAACGGGCCAAUAGCAGAGAAAAUACCUACAAGCCAAGGAAGAUACGGUUGCUUGCGUUUCUACCAGACUCAGGGGCGGCACUCAAGUUGCCUGCGUUUCUACCAGACUCGCGCGGGGGCAGCCAAAUAUUGAAUCCCGGUCGGCAAAUAUUGUUUUCGUAGUCGGUAAAACAUGAAUUUGGAUAGGAAGAAAAGAAAAAUAUUUGAGUGAAUUUUGGGAAAAGAAAUAUUUAGUUACUUGUUGAAAUGACUCGGCAUAUAAACUAAGCAAAAUUCACUUACACCUCGCGGUUUGUCUCCAGGUUUUGCUCCCAAGAAGAAAAUUAUUUUUCCCUGCCCUGUCUCUAUGAAUGGCGAGGUCCUCGCCGUUCUCUCGACCUCGCCAUUCUCUCGACCUCGCCAUUCAUAGAGACAGGGCAGGGAAAAAGAAUUUUCUUCUUGGGAGCAAAACCUGGAGACAAAAAUUUCCUGCAGACCAACAGAGUAUUUUUGUGCUAAAUCUGACCAUGUUUUUAAAUUCAAGAAAUAAUGCGCCCAUAGUGGGACAUGGGUGUUAAGGUUGCCUUCAAAUUUUCAACAGCAAAUCUUCGAACAAAUUUCCUGCAGUCGCGUGCUCGCCAAUUUUUUCCACCCCUUCUUGAUAGUAGAGCAUUGGAAAGAAUUUGCUUUUAAAAAUUAUAUACUACGACCAGUAAUUUAAUUAAAAUUUAUAAAUAAUAAAAUCAGAAACGUACAUAUUUGAUCUGAAUUUGGAGCGCUAACUUGGAAAUGCUCCGUUAUAUUCUGUCUUGAUUCAGUUUGCUUUUCUUGCUCUCUAAUUAAAACAUUAUUUUAUUCCUAUUCCAGUGUAUUUGACAUUUUCAAAUGAAUUCUAAGUGUUGAUCCUCAGCAAUUCCAAAUUUCGUUUUGUACGUUUCAAAGAUAUCUUUGAGACCCUCUAGGUAGAGCUUGUGUAAGUUAUCUACUUCUUCAAUACUUGGCUCUGGAAUUGCAUCAGCAUGGAUUGCUUUUCCAACUGAAAAGGAAAUAGAAUUUAAUGGUAAUAGUAGGUGGUGGUGAUGAUGGUGGUAGCGAUAGUGGUG